CAGGGAGGCAGCGGUACUGGUGCACGGGGCCCAGGUGGCGAGGAGGCGGAAGAUGGCAGACGUGCUCAGUGUCCUGCGACAGUACAGCAUCCAGAAGAAGGAGAUCGUGGUGAAGGAGGACAAAGUCAUCUUUGGCGGCGAGUUCUCCUGGCCCAAGAACGUGAAGACCAACUACGUGGUGUGGGGGACUGGACAGGAAGGCCGACCCAAGGAGUACUACACGCUGGAUUCUAUCUUAUUUCUACUUGAUAACGUGCACCUCUCUCAUCCUGUUUAUGUCCGCCGCGCAGCCACUGAAAACAUCCCUGUGGUGAGAAGGCCUGACCGAAAAGACCUACUUAGAUAUCUCAGUGGCGAAGCAUCAACGUCGGCGAGCAUCGACCGCAGCGCCCCUGUGGAAAUCGGGCUUCCGCGACCCACUCAGGUGAAUUGCGCCGCGGAUGCAGCUCCAGCAGCAAAGAAACCGCGGACUGAGGACGCAGAGCGGGUGCGCCUCGAUAAAGAGCGAUGGGCUGCCCGCUUGGAGGCCCACGGAGAAGGGAGUGUACAGACUGGACAGAUCAGGCCUUUGUCUGAAGCCAUGUCCGUGGAGAAAAUUGCGGCCAUCAAAGUCAAAAUUAUGGCCAAGAAAAGAUCGACCAUCAAGACCGACUUGGGUGAUGACAGAACCGCUCUCCAACAGAGGAGCUUUGUGGACGCCGACGUGGAUGUGACCCGGGACAUCAUCAGCAGAGAGAGAGUGGGGAGGACACGCACGACUAUCCUACAGAGCAGGGGCAAGGCCUUUGCCAAGGAUGUUUUUGCAAUUCUUCAGUCUGUGGAAGCCAGAGAAAAAGGGCGCGCGCCUCAGCAGCGACCGGCCCCCCGUGCAGCACCUGCGGCUCCCACCUUGCCUACCACACAGCCUAUCCCAGCUGCCUACGACAGGUAUGACCAGGAACGAUUCAAAGGGAAACAAGAAACGGGAGGCUUCCACAUUGACACGAUGGGCACCUACCAUGGGAAGACGCUGGAGUCCGUGACGCUAGAGGGCGCGGCGGCCCGUGAGACUCAGACUCCCGCGGCACAGCCAGUGCCAGUGCCCAGGCCAGUUUCUCAGGCCAGACCUCCCCUGAAUCAGAAGAAAGGCUCUCGAACACCCAUCAUCAUCAUCCCUGCGGCCACCACCUCUCUCAUAACCAUGCUGAAUGCCAAGGACCUCCUGCAGGACCUGACGUUUGUCCCAUCCGAUGAGAAGAAGAAACAGGGCUGCCGACGAGAGAAUGAAACGCUGAUACAGAGAAGAAAGGACCGGGCGCAGCCCAGGGGCACCGCGCUCGGCCUCACGGUGCCCUACAGAGUCGUGGACCAGCCUCUGAAACUCACGCCUCAGGACUGGGACCAGGUGGUGGCCGUCUUCGUGCACGGUCACGCCUGGCAGUUCAAAGGGUGGCCAUGGCUUUUGCCUGAUGGAUCGCCAGUUGACGUGUUUGCGAAAAUUAAAGCCUUCCAUCUGAAAUAUGAGCACCUUCCUCUAGACGCCAACAUUCAGAAGUGGAACAUAACAGUGCUGGAGCUCAGCUAUUACCAACGCCACUCGGACAGACUGCUUUUCUUAAGCUUCUGGGAUACACUGGAUAGCUACAUGGCAAGGCAUAAAUCCCACUUGAGAUUCUGA